AUGGCGUCAACUGCUGCUAUUCCGAUGAUCGACGAGUUCGACGAUUUUGAUUGGGAAGCAGCCGUUAAAGAAAUCGAUGAAGCUUGUAAUAAAGCCACUGCUUCUAAUAUUACUAGUGCUAGUAGUAAUCAUAGUGUAGCAGUCCCUUUACAUAAUUCCAAUUCAAAUGUGUUUGGUUCUUACCCUAACAGUAAAAUUACCAACAAACCCUUUUCGUCUUCUCGUCAAUCGACACUCGAUAGAUUCAUUGGAUCGAAACCCGUCAAUCAGAAUCCAAGAAAUGAUGCCCGAGAUGCUGUUUUGUGCGAGGAUAAUGACUUUAAUGAUGAUGAUGCUGAUAGAGUUAAGAUUAACCCCGAGACUGCGAAAACCUGGUUAUAUCCAGAAAAUGUCCCAGUUCGUGAUUAUCAAUUAUCUAUUACGCAAACAGCUCUAUUUUCAAAUACAUUGGUGUCACUACCUACUGGACUUGGAAAAACUCUUAUUGCCGCUGUUGUGAUGUAUAAUUACUAUAAUUGGUUUCCUGAAGGUAAGAUUGUGUUUGCUGCUCCUUCUCGUCCUCUUGUAAUGCAACAAAUAGAAGCAUGCCACAAAAUUGUGGGAAUUCCACAAGAUGACACAACUGAUAUGACCGGUCAAAUAAGUCCCUCAAAUAGAGUAUCCCUUUGGCAAACGAAACGAGUUUUCUUUGUUACCCCACAAGUUCUUGAAAAGGAUAUACAAUCUGGUUCAUGUGUGGGGAAACAACUAGUGUGUUUAGUGAUCGAUGAGGCUCACCGUGCUUCUGGCAAUUAUUCCUACUGUGUGGCUGUUCGCGAGCUAAUGGCUGCUUCAGUACAAUUCAGAAUAUUAGCUCUAACUGCAACACCGGGAUCUAAUCAUCAGACCAUUCAGCAAGUUAUUGACAACUUGCAAAUAUCUUGUCUUGAGCAUCGAAGCGAGAGUGACCCUGACGUGACUCCAUAUGUACAUGAUAGGAAGAUUGAACUAAUAAAGGUUGAGAUGGGGAAAGAUGCCAUUGAAGUAAACAGUUUGCUACUCCGUGUAAUGCGUCCAUAUGUUGACAAGCUUAAAUCUUAUAGAGUAUUCCCAAACAGAGACUAUCAAACAAUUAGCCCAAUUGAUUAUAUUAACGCAAGGGAUGAAUUCCGCAAAGCACCACCAAAAGACCUUCCCCAACACAGGUGUAGGGAAGUCGAAGGGUUUUAUAGUACCCUGAUCACCCUAUCUCAUAUAAGGAAGUUGCUUUCAGCUCAUGGUAUACAUCCGACCUUUGUGAUGCUUGAAAAACAAUUGGAGCAAGGGUCUUUUGCUCACUUUAUGAGUAGAAAUGAAGAUUUUCAUAAAGCCAAGGUUGUGAUGCAACAAUAUCUCUCUCAUGGUGCUCAUAGUCCAAAGUUCUCAAAGAUGUUAGAAGUACUAGUUGAGCACUUCAGAAACAAUGAUCCCCAGAAGUCGAGAGUUAUUAUUUUCACACACUAUAGAGAGAGUGUAAGGGACAUAAUGUCAUCAUUAGCCACCAUUGGGGAAUAUGCUAAAGCUGCGGAGUUUGUUGGUCAAACCUCAGGUAAAACAUUAAAGGGUCAGUCACAAAAAGUUCAACAGGCUGUCUUAGAGAAAUUCCGGGCUGGAUUAUUCAAUAUUAUUGUUGCAACAUCAAUUGGAGAAGAAGGCCUAGAUAUCAUGGAAGUUGAUCUCGUGAUAAGUUUUGAUGCUAAUAUUUCACCUUUGCGAAUGAUUCAACGCAUGGGGAGAACCGGUAGGAAGAGCAAAGGGCGAGUUGUGGUCUUAGCUUGUGAAGGCUCAGAGCUUAAGGGUUAUAUUAGAAAGCAAGCGAUCAGCAAGAAACUGAGAAAGUUUAUGCUAAAUGGAGGAAUGAAUAGCUUUCAGUUUCACUCUAGUCCAAGGAUGGUUCCACAUGUUUUUAAACCUGAAAAAGUUCUUCAUAAAUUCUUCAUUGAAGAAUAUGUUCCUCGUGGAAAGAAAGCAAAAGAUGACGACGCAAUUCAAACUCCCAAGUACAAACUUAAACUUACAGCUUUGGAGACGGAUCUGCUUGCAAAAUACUUCGACCCGUCCUCAGAAAAUUGUUGGAGACCCUCUCUUAUCGCUUUCCCUCACUUCCAGGAAUUUCCAUCAAAAGUGCAUGAAGUUUCACAUUCCAUGAGAACCACCAUGCUAAUCGAUACAAUGCAAUAUUUGCAUGGAUUAUCGUUUUCUAGAACGUUUGGUGCCCAGGAUGAAAAGACCUUGGAAGAACACUGCAGAGUUGAAACUGUUGAGUAUCAUACUAGCCCUACAAGAGAAGGGGUUCGAACACAAAAAGGACCUGAAACCGAUAUAUAUUCUCUUAUAGACACCUCCAAAACCGAGGAGACACACAAUAAGUCUGUUGGUGGAUCCCAAAAGCCUUCCAUUCAUACCUACCUAUUUUGUUCUGACUUUACCUCUGUUGAUUCACUUGGAAGGGUUGUGAUUUUGUCUGUACCUUCUUUUCCUCUAAAUCAAGUUUCUUCGACUAACAGUUCAAGUCCACGGAACACCUUGCUUGUCAACUCUUUAAAGUCCAAUUCUGAUCAUUUAAAUGCUUCAAAUGGAGAGUAUCCAAACAAAACACUAGAUGAUGAUUUUGAGACAUCUUGUUUACGGGUAUCCAUUGACUUGCCAGAGGACAAAAUAGGUGGAGAUGAUAGUGUUUUUCAGACAGAGAUCUUUAAUUUAGAGGCAUUAAAUACAGAACUUAACAUCCAUGGGUCUCCUAGUGUAGAGGUAGAAAACACUCAUUCGGGUAAUGACUUGAGCACUGAUGCUAUAGCAGGUGACCUUAGUCCUCGACUAACUAAUCUUUUGAUGAGUGGUGUUGUUCCAGAGUCCCCGAUAGACAACGGCACAUUAAUGGAAGUGAAAGGUUGUUUAUGUCCAGAUGUUGAUAUGAUCCCGAAUUCCUCCAUAUCUUUGGUUCCAACUAAGAGUGAUGCAGGAGUUAAGGAGAGUACUCCAGAUAGAGUGAAUGUCGCAACAUCGUGUAAGCAGGCAGAAAUACGAACUCCACGAAUUGAUUUGCCAAAUGGUUCUUCUGCAAAGUGCGUUUUAGCUUCUAAUGUUCCGGGUGAAUUCCAGGCUCCUCUGACAAAGUUGUCUAAUGGUAGUUGUAGUCAAGACUGGCUUUUAAGUUCUGGAGAAAAAUCAUUUAGUCAACCUAAGCCCAGGCUUAAAAGGUUACGGAAGUAUGGUGAUAUCAAAAGUGAUAAUUUUUUAGAUAAGAAAAAAACUGCAGACAUUUCAUCAUCUUCUGGUGCAUCAUGUGCUAAAUUGGAUCAUCCUUACAACAUGUUUGGUAGAGGUGAUCCAAAGCUGUCAAAGACUGCCAGAGUUUUUAUCGAUGAUGAAGCUGAAGUGUCUUCUGAUGCAUCUGGUGAUGAGGAAGCUGACGAGAAUGAAAAUUCGUAUGGUGGUAGCUUUAUAGAUGACAGGAUAAAUCUUACAGUGAGAAGCACCCAAGGAGAAGCUUCUCCAUGUGAUCCGAUGGCCUUUUAUAGACGGUCUUUACUCACUCAAUCACCAAUCGUAGAUUAUAGUUCUGGCAACAGCAUUUCUAUAGACCGAAAGCAUGAUGAUGAAAGUGCAGCAGCAACAACAAAUCCAUAUCUUCAUACUAAUGGAGAGUCAUCAUCCAUAAAUUUGAAUGCCAAACGGUUGUCUUCAGAUAGUGUAAUUCCUGGCAGCACCAAUGAAGUUAAGAAAAGAAAGUUGAGUUUUUCUGACGGUGAGUCACUUCCUAUCCGUAACUUAGAAAAGGAAAUAUGUUUAGACCCUGAAGCACUUGGUAAUAUAGCAUCAUCAGAAGUCGAUGAAUUUGAUAAUGAUGACUUCUAUCAAGGGAUUGAUCUUGAUGCAUUAGAAGAACAAGCUAUCAAACAACUAAGAUUAAAGUCGGAGCUGUCGAAUAAAAAAUCAAAUAACCACAAUUUGGAGUUCUUCGACGCUCCUUCUUUUGACUUGGGAAUUGAAUAGUAUGUUAACACGUUUGAUAUAGAUUUUCAGUUAGUGUUGUAAAUAUUUUUUGAAUCAAAGGGAUGGGGAAUGUGUGUAAUUAUCAUAGAGGGACAGCAUUUGUAGUGGUGAUACAUAAUAUAAGAUUUGUAUAAGAAUGUUUUGAAGAGGAAUUAAAUUGAGAUA